CCUUUGUUCUUUAUAAACUGCAGGGGGCAAAAGUCUCAGAUAAAAUGACUGUAAAAUGAGGCGUGGUGCAGUAACACUGGAGCAGUUGGGUCAGGAAGUGAUAGGUCAAUGAACUCCAGAAUAAAGUUUGUCCACAUCUGAUGUCCUCUUUAAUUUAUAUUGUUUUCAUUUAGAAAAUUAAUCUGUCGCCGUUUGAAGCUUUGAAGGUCAAAGGUCAGCACCGCUGGCAGCCACUUGGUGAUCUGAGCAAAAUACUUUGCAGUCAAAAACACGACACCUGUGGUCAAUAUCUGUCUGUUUUAUACAUUUCUUUAAUAUUUGUAUCGUAAGUCUGCAGAACAGAAAGCAAGUUUCAUGUUAUUUUACACUAACAGACUUAAAUUCAGAUUAAAGUAAAUAAUUUGUGAUGCAGACUGGACAUGUGAUUCUUUCAUGUCUCUGUUGCUUUUCUAUUGAUCUAUUGAUAUAUUUUAUUCUUCUUCCUGAGUAUUUUCCUCUCUGCCAAACUUCACACAGCAUGAAGUUAAAAGUUUUUAAUGGAAUCAAAAUGGACCAAACUGCUCUACAGCGCCCCCUAGGCUGAGGCAGGCCAAACUGUACAUCAUCUGAUCUGAUGCUGGGUAUGUUGGUAGACUCCUCCAACUGAAGAAAAAAUACAUCUCUUUAAAAUAUCAUCUAAAAUGUGCAAAUCUCUAAAGAAACAGGAUUAUAAUAAAAUUUGACUCCAUAUUUUAUGUGUUAAUUGGUCAUUUUAAUGAUGUCACAGACUAAAUGUGAUGCAUGUUGCCAUGGUUUUUGAAGCUCUUGGUAUUUACUCCAGAGACUGAGUAUGAGACUCUGGUCUCCCCCUGCUGCAGGCCUUUACCUCCAUCAUGGCUGGUUCCACUUCCUGCAUCUGCUGCUGUUCUCCACAUAUUUUAUAUUUAUAUCUUUUACUAGAAAUGUAUUCAUAAAACCUCAGACAAGUGUGAACGGUGAUCAAUAGUAUUGAUUUUCUUUUUAUUUUAUAUAAGAAAAGAGAGUAUUUUUGCUUGGUCGUGCAUUAGCUGUUCACCAAGCAGAGCAGAGUCUGACUGAAACUGGCUGCAGAGAGGAAGACAGUCAGUCAUUUCAUGCAAACGUCUGUGGAGCAACAGCUGAUUUCUGCUGCAUUUUACUGACGGUGUGCAGAGCUGUAAGUGUUUUAAAAGGUGCAGCACAGAGUCAGUGGGCUGCUCUGUUAUUUCUAGAAAUACAAAUUCAGCCUGCAGUUUUAAUAAGCCCUGAAAUAAACCAGACAGGAAGAGGAAGUGCUGGCCGACGUGAUCAUUAUGAGUCGGUGUGAAGAACUCCAGUAACGCUGAGCGUCAUGGAGGUUACAUCUGUCUGCUUCUGUAAGUAUAACAUUAAAUAAGCAGCUUCUGUCUCAGUUCAUAUCAGAUAUUCAUCUCAUUUUAAUGUGUUUUCAGUGAUGAACAUGUUUGUUCUGCUGACUGAACAAACUGAAGCAGCUGAAACAGCUGAUGGAUCUUUCCCGGAUAUUUUUCCAAGGAGACUUCAGUUCUUUGAGUAUGAGUCCAUUACUGUCCAGUGUGAACUGAUGGAAGAUGCAAAUGUCUGGAGAGUAAUGAGGGAGUUUCACAAAUCCAGACCAACAAACUCUUCAGACCCCUGCAGCUCCCCAGCUCCAUCCUGCACCAUCAAACCGGCCUUGGAAAAACACAGUGGAGAGUACUGGUGUGAAAACGACCUGGGGGAGACGAGCCGGACCCUCAGCGUCUCUAUUACAGCUGGUCUGGUGAUCCUGGAGGUUCCAGUCCAACCAGUAGCAGAAGGAUCAGAAGUGACACUUGGAUGUAUCCACCAGAAAACUGAGCUGCAUCACAUCAGAGAUUUCUAUAAAGAUGGUCUCCAUCUCAUGACCUGCUACAGCAGCAACAUGACCAUCAGAAACGUCUCCAAGGCCGAUGAAGGGAACUACAGCUGCAGCAUCUCUGGAGCCGGAGAAUCUCCUGACAGCCGGCUGGCUGUUCACAGAGCACUCACAGGACCAACUGAAGAAACUCCUCCUGCUCAGUGUGAGCAGAACAAAACCUUCAGUCUGCAGUCGGCUGUCAGAGUCGUGUUAUUUGUCUUGUUGUCUCUGGUGACUGGAGUGAUUCUCUACAAGCUGAGAAAAGGUGAUAAAAUCAUUUAUAUCCAGAAGCAGAACCACAGUCGGCGUCAGUCCAUGUCUGUCAGAGGAGGAAACGCAUCACUGACAGGAAGUAAACCAACAGCUUGAACUUCUGAGAUGCAAAAUAUGAUCAAAACGCGUCAGGAAGCAUAAAAAUGUUAAUAAACUUAAAUAGUUUUUCUCUUUUAUUGGCAAAUCCAUUUCUUUUAGAAUCAAGAUGGAUUUAAAUAAUUAAAACGUUUAUUCUCAAUAAAGUUUUUUAUUUUAGAUAUGAUGUAUUAUAUUUUCCAUAACUUGACCAGGUUGUCUUUAACUCAUAGUGCAUAUUAAAUAAAUUCUUUAAUCUUUGACCUUUAAAGGUGUGAAUCAAAUAAAAACAGCUGCGCAUUCAUUUCUUGUCAUGAUUUCUUGUAUUUCAUAUUGUUGAGUUUAUAUAUUAUUCACUAUAACAGAAAACUGUGAGAAUAUAACAACUAUUUUAAAUUUUAACAUAAUUUCAUCAUGAUGAUCAGAGUUAUGAAUAUCAGGUUAUAUGUGACAAUAUUAAGAGAUUUUAAAUGAACUGUUUUGUUCUUUCACAAGUUUUUGCAGUUAUUUAUUGUUGUAGUUUGUUUUAAAUAAGAUCAACUGUAUGAUAACUUUUGAGCCUUUUAUUUUGGUUAAAUUGAGCAUCAUGUUCCUGAUGGACUCUAUCAGUAUUUAAAGAAAAUGGCACACUUUAAAAAAACAUUGGUAAAUACAUGGAAGAUAAUAGAAAUAAAAAAAAAACAGGUAAAGAAAUACAAAAAAGCUUGUAAAAAACAGAAUUCAUAUUGGCAAAAAAAGCAAAUGGUAGCUAUUAUUUUUACAUCUUGCACAUUAAUUAAUGUUUUGUAGUUUCUUCUACAGUAGAAAACUUUACUGGUCAACACAGACGGAAACAUCAGAGGUCAUUAAACUGAAUUUAUCUUCUGAUAUAAAUAAAUUAGAUCAUUUCUCACUUUGUCCUGAAACUGAACCCAGAGAAGUUUAGAAGAUAAAAGAAAAAUAAAAAAACAUUUCAAGCUUUGACUUUUUUUAUAAUAUGUUCUAGUUUAAUUCCUAAAGUUUCUAAACUUCAUGAAAAGAAAACUUUGUAUCUGAGAAAAUGUCUUUAUCUUAUAUUUUAUACUGAUAAAAAUACUUUAAUGAAAAAUCAGCAAAUCUGCUGAGAUGAAACUUGACAUAUUUU